AUGCCUUUCGUUUCCAAGAUCGAGUCCCUGCCCUUGCAAAAAUGCAGCGUCCUGGAUUUUCUGUUCCCACCCGAUCAACCGGUAUCCGACAAGCCACUCUGGAUCAAUGCCGCGGACACGUCGCACUGGAAUUCUCCCAAGAGUGCCCUGGCUUUGGCCAAGCGGCUUGGGUACGGUCUCCAGCAGUUGGGCGUCCAGUUCGAGGAUAGAUGCUUGCUCUUCACGCCCAAUCAUAUCAUGGUCCCAGUAUCGUAUUUUGGGGUGGUGGGCAUCGGGGCUGCUUUCUCUGGAGCCAACCCGACCUUCACUGCGAAAGAAUUGGAAUAUCAAAUCACCGUCUUGCAGCCGAAAAUAAUGCUGGUGCAUCCUUCCUUGAUCCCGACGGCGAAGGCUGCUGCCGCCAAAGCAGCUGUGCCGGGGAUGAAGUUGUAUGUCUUCUCCGACCGUGAGACCGGAACCGUCGACGGCCUUCCAGAUUGGAGAGUCAUUCUGGGGACUCCCGAGCAAGGAGAGCAGUGGCAGUGGAGGAAGCUCCCAGGGAGGGAGGCCGUGAACACCAUUGCUGCCAUCAACUUCUCAUCUGGCACCACUGGAUUGCCCAAGGGCGUGUGCGUAUCUCAUUUCAACGUGGUCUCGAACGUCAAGCAGAUCAAAUCUCUCUACGACUUCGAACCUUCGGAGAAAUGGGCAGGAUUCCUGCCCCUCUACCACGCCUAUGGACAGUGUUAUGCGAUCCUCAUGGCCACGAUCAACCACAUUCCCAUGCUCAUCAUCAGCAAAUUCGAGUUCAUCGAGUACCUCCGCAUCAUCCAGGACCACAAGAUCACCCGGCUACAGACCGUGCCUCCGAUUCUGAUCAUGUUGAACAAGAGACCCGAGACGGCGAAUUACGACCUGAGCAGCGUCAAGGAGAUCCUGUGUGGCGCGGCACCCGUCUCGAGAGAGCUCGAAGCCAACGUGUCCAAGAAGUUCAACGUCCGCAUCACGCAGGGAUGGGGCAUGACCGAGACAACGUGCGCCGUGUCGGGCAUUCCGUACUGGGAGAAAUCCCGGACUGGCUCGGUUGGCGUCGUCAUGCCGAACACCGAGGUGAAGAUCAUGACGGAUGAUGGCAGGGAGGCAAGUAUAGGGGAAGCAGGAGAACUCUACGUCCGCGGCCCACAGGUCUGCCUGGGCUACUGGAAGAACCCACAAGCGACGGUCGACACGUUCGAUCCGGUGACAGGGUGGCUCAAGAGCGGCGAUGUCGCAGUCAUGAGCAAUGACGGGUGGAUGGCGAUCGUCGAUCGAAAGAAGGAAUUGAUCAAGGUGCAAGCCCUCCAAGUGUCGCCCGCAGAGGUCGAAGCGGCGCUGAUAGAACAUCCCCACAUUGCCGACGCGGGCGUCAUCGGCAUCACCUUUGACGACGGUGAAUGGCCCCGGGCGUAUGUGGCGCUGAAGGAAGAGUCUCGCGGCAAAGUCACCGAGAAGGAGAUCCGGGAGUGGCUGGACGCUCGGGUGUCAAAGCACAAGCGCCUGGUGGGCGGUGUCGCGUUCGUCCCGGAAGUCCCUCGACUGCCCAGCGGCAAGAUCCAACGGAAGGUCAUGAAGGAGUGGGCGAAGAGGGAUGCCAUGACGCUGUUCACUUCAAGGCCGAAGCUUUGA